GGCCUACACACACUCCCCUAAUGCAACCCCAGAAUAACCUAGACGGAACCCAAAGGGGUGGGGGUGGUGGCUACAUAAAAUUUCCAAACAUUAAUUCAGCCCAAACUGUGUCUGAGCAGGAAGACAACAGCCCAGUGACAAUGGGGCAUGGUCCCACAUCAGAAGCUGGAAACUUUUUGGCAGAUUCAACAGAUUGAGUGUGUGCUGUACAGGGGUCUCACUUCUUUGAACAAGCAGCAGUGGUUCCAGCCUUCCUACCUGCUGGGGUAUGGCCGUCAAUGUGUACUCCACAUCUGUGACCAGUGAGAACCUGAGUCGCCAUGACAUGCUUGCUUGGGUCAAUGAUUCCCUGCAUCUCAACUACACCAAGAUAGAACAGCUAUGUUCAGGGGCUGCUUACUGCCAGUUCAUGGAUAUGCUCUUUCCUGGAUGUGUGCACUUGAGGAAGGUGAAGUUCCAGGCCAAGCUAGAGCAUGAAUAUAUCCACAACUUCAAGGUGUUGCAAGCUGCCUUCAAGAAGAUGGGUGUUGACAAAAUAAUUCCUGUAGAGAAAUUAGUGAAAGGAAAAUUUCAAGAUAAUUUUGAGUUUAUUCAGUGGUUUAAGAAAUUCUUUGAUGCGAACUAUGACGGAAAGGAUUACAACCCUCUACUGGCACGGCAGGGCCAGGAUGUGGCGCCACCUCCUAACCCAGGUGAUCAGAUCUUCAACAAACCCAAGAAACCCAUUGGCACUGCAGUUCCCCAGAGGACGUCACCCACAGGCCCUAAAAACAUGCAGACUCCUGGCCGGCUGAGCAACGUGGCACCGCCCUGCAUCCUCCGAAAGAACCCUCCCUCCACACGCAACGGCGGUCAUGAGGCUGAUGCCCAGAUCCUUGAACUCAACCAGCAGCUACUGGACUUGAAACUGACGGUGGAUGGGCUGGAGAAGGAGCGUGACUUCUAUUUCAGCAAGCUCCGUGACAUUGAGCUCAUCUGCCAGGAACAUGAAAGCGAUAACAGCCCUGUCAUCUCUGGCAUCAUCGGCAUCCUCUAUGCCACAGAGGAAGGAUUUGCUCCCCCUGAAGAUGAUGAGAUUGAAGAGCAUCAACCAGAAGACCAGGAUGAGUACUGAGGAGAGCACAGCCUAUGCCAACCCUGGUUGAUUGCACGGCUUUCCCCGUGCUUCCCCCCCCCAACCCAAAACAUUAUAUCCCCCCUUCCCUCAUAGCCAGUCGGCCAGGUGCUUUGUGUCAGUGCCGCAGCAUUGGGGAGCCCCAGAGAGCAGGGGUGGGUGGGGGACUGGUGAGCAGGCACGGGGCCCUGUACAUAAUAUACCGCUGGCCCAAGUGGGCAGGACCCUAUGCUCACUCCUCACCUCUAUUUAUUUCCGUUGUCUCUUUGCUGUGUUGGUCAACACUUUCUAAGGUGGUACUACCUGCCCAUCCACUCCACCUGCCCUGCUCCUCCAACAACCCACAGCUGUAUAUUUGACAGACAAAUUCAUUGGUAUAUUUUUACUUACUGAUUUUCCUUGCACUUUACCUGUUCUUUUCCCAGGGCUAUAAAGGCCAGGGGCUCCGGGGCAUCGAGCCUGGCUUGGCUCCCCUUCUCCAUUGCCAGGGGGCCAGGUUAGGGCUCACAGAUCCUUAUUUAUUUUGUCAUUUGACUUCCCAGUGGCUGAAAGGCAGGUCCAAGGUGGGGGAUGGGGGAGUACAGGAUAAGUUUGCAGCAGACUGGCAAGGGCUUGGGGGGCCAGGGAGGAGGAGGGGAGCACCUAAGGGGUGGAAUUAUUCCCAUCUGACACUGGGCCCACCCUCAAUCUUCUGCUCCUAGCACUGUAGCCUGGCACUGCCCCUGUGUCCCUUUCCCCACCCCCAGCCUCUCCCAUUCCUGCAGCUUAGUUCAUACCACACGGACUCUGCCUGGAUCCUGCUGUAUGUCUGCCCUCCCAUCGACCCCUCCCUCUCCCUUGCCCAUUUGGGCCACCCAGCCUGCAUCUGUGUUCACUUUUAUUUAAAAUAAACUUGUGUGGUAAAAGGUU